AGUAUGUCUCGCGGUUUGCUCACACAGAUGCAAAAUCCAAAAUCUUGAAUGAUAAUUUAUAACAAAAAGGAAAACAGCUCUCCCCGAACACUUAUUGAAUUGUUAGAAUGAAAUGAAAACAAAAGUGAGUGAGUGAUGUGAGUGCGGAAAAUAUCAAAAACCAAAAGAAAAAAAAAUACACAGCAAACAGCGAAAUAUAAAAAGUUCUCUGCCCCAGAGUGUUGUGUAUGCUUGUACAAAAGUGUGCUAGUGUAUGUAAAACGUACUGCAAGAAGGCAAACACGAGAUAAUCUGCUCUCGGUUGCCGCCGUCAGUGAACUCCAACUAAGUGCGUGUGGUUAUUGUUGUUUUUGCACAAAACACACGAAAGAUACAUCCAACAUCAGUUGCUCUACACCUCUUUACCAACACAAUCACAUAUGGAAAUUUCUCCAAACCGACAACAACUCAUUCAGACUAUGUAAAUAGCCAUCGCCCCACCAGAUACGGAUACAGAUACGCAACUGUACCGCACCAUACGGGGGAGAUCAAGUGAUCGCCAAAGUCACUUCCAGCCACGGUUCCAGCAGAAAAAGGCCGACAUUUGCAAUUGUUUCGCAACCAAAGUGUGUGUGCCGAUACCUGCUUUGCAUUGACGAAUGUUUCGUAAUGGUGCUCUUGGACAACUGAACACCCUUAGUGAACUGAAUCCAAUCGAAUCGAAAGGUGCCAAGAGUCCAAGGAAAGCCAACUGUACACUUGAUAUUUCUUUUUGUGUGCAGUGCUGCAUUUCAGAUCACUUGGCUAUUAACGGAAUUUUUUGCAUUUUGCAGCAGAAAUGUUGAAUUCCGGCACCUACGUAUCUACAGGGCCUGUGGAGGUGUCGCAGGCCCUGCAAGAUGGAGAAAAAUUCAUAAAAUGGGAUGAUGAUUCAUAUGUUGGAACGCCGGUAACCAUGCGUGUCGAUCCGAAUGGUUUCUUUUUAUAUUGGGUCGAUCAAAAUAAUGAAAUGGAUAUGUUGGACAUUGCUAGUAUACGAGAUGUGCGCACAGGGCAAUAUGCCAAGAAACCAAAGGAUCCCAAACUUAGCCAAAUUGUUACGCUGGGCUCACAAGAUACCUUAGAAGAAAAAACCGUUACUGUAUGUCAUGGUUCAGAUUUUGUCAACAUUUCAUUUAUAAACUUCUGCUGUACGAAAAAAGAAAUUGCACAGCACUGGUGUGAUGGUUUGAUGCGGCUGGCAUACAGUUUGAUGCAUUUAAAUGGAUCGAUCAAUAUGUUCCUUAAAAAGGCGCACACAAAGCUGUGUCUGCAAGUUGAUAAAAGUGGGUCCAUUCCCGUUAAAAAUAUCGUUAAAAUGUUUGCCCAAAACAAAGAUGAUCGCAAGCGUGUCGAGAAAGCCUUGGAGAAUACGGGUUUGCCAUCAGGUAAAACGGAAGCGGUACCAGUGUCGAAAUUUACUUUCGAGGAAUUCUAUAAUUUAUACAAGAAUCUCACACAACGUAAUGAGGUGGAGAAGGUCUUUGACAAUCUAGUUGGAAACACCAAGAGGAAACACAUGACCACAAAUCAGUUUAUGGACUUUUUGAAUAACACUCAGCGAGAUCCACGUUUGAAUGAAAUCCUCUACCCGUAUGCAGAUACGGAAAGAGCCAAAGAGGUCAUUACCCAGUAUGAGCCAAAUAAAUUCAAUGCACAAAAGGGCCUAUUAAGUUUGGACGGUUUUCUCAGGUACCUAAUGUCCGAUGACAAUCCUAUCAUGGCUUCGAACAAAUGGGAUCUAAGCGACGAUAUGAACCAACCACUGUCUCAUUACUUUAUCAACUCAUCGCACAAUACAUAUUUGACGGGCCAUCAGUUGACGGGAAAGUCUUCAGUGGAAAUUUAUCGUCAGUGCUUGUUGGCAGGCUGCAGAUGUGUGGAGCUGGAUUUUUGGAACGGACGCACAGAUGAGCCGGUCAUUGUUCAUGGCUACACCUUUGUACCGGAAAUCUUCGCUAAAGAUGUGCUGGAGGCCAUAGCGGAGAGUGCUUUUAAAACGUCAGAGCUUCCGGUGGUGUUAAGUUUUGAGAACCAUUGUAAUCCAAGGCAGCAGGCUAAAAUUGCAAAUUAUUGUCGAGAAAUAUUUGGGGAAAUGUUGCUAGAUAAACCCUUAGAUUCACAUCCGCUUGAACCAAAUGUCGAGUUGCCGCCACCGUCAUCGCUAAAGCGUAAAAUUAUCAUAAAGAAUAAGAAGAAACACCAUCAUCAUCACCACCACCAUCAUCACCAUAAGAAGAGUGGUGCAGCGGCGCUUAAUAAUAAACAAUUGAUAUCGGCAAACUCAGUCGAUGCUUCCAAUAAGACUAUGCCCUCAUCAGGAAGUUUACAGCAGUCUUCGGGCCAAGAAGAUGGCGGCACACCAGCUAUAACAACAAAUGGUGAUAUUGGCAAUGGCAGCAAUCAUGCACCUCCCCUACAGCAAUUGCGACAAAGCUCCAAGGAUAGCACUGGUUCAUCAGACACCGACAGUUCCAGCGAUGAUGAAUCUCUUCCAAAUACCACUCCCAUUUUACCCAGUGGCAAUGAGCCGCCACCAGAAAAGGCACAAAAAGAAACUGAAGCCGGUGCUGAGAUCUCGGCACUGGUGAACUAUGUGCAGCCCAUACAUUUUAGCUCAUUUGAAAACUCAGAAAAGAAAAAUCGCUGCUAUGAAAUGUCUUCGUUCGAUGAGAAACAGGCAACAACGUUGCUAAAGGAAAGGCCCAUAGAGUUUGUUAACUACAACAAACAUCAGCUAUCUAGGGUGUAUCCCGCUGGCACUCGAUUUGACAGCUCUAAUUUUAUGCCUCAACUCUUCUGGAAUGCCGGUUGUCAGUUGGUGGCGUUGAAUUUUCAAACUUUGGACUUAGCCAUGCAACUUAAUCUGGGCAUAUUCGAGUACAAUGGCAGAUCGGGUUAUCUGUUAAAGCCGGAAUUCAUGAGACGUACAGAUCGGCGUUUGGAUCCAUUUGCAGAGAGUACCGUCGAUGGUAUCAUUGCUGGUUCUGUAUCCAUCACUGUGUUAUCGGGCCAAUUUCUUUCCGAUAAAAGAAUUGGCUCGUAUGUGGAGGUUGACAUGUUUGGCUUGCCAGCAGAUACGGUACGCAAAAGGUUUCGCACCAAGAUUGUUCGAGAUAAUGGACUAAAUCCUGUAUACGACGAAGAACCCUUUAUUUUUAAGAAGGUUGUUCUGCCAGCUUUGGCUAGUAUACGCAUUGCAGCUUACGAAGAGGGUGGCAAGUUCAUUGGCCAUCGGGUUUUACCUGUUAUAGGUUUGCGACCCGGUUAUAGACAUCUAAGUUUACGCAAUGAAUUAGGACAACCUCUGCCUUUGACCUCCCUGUUUCUGUGCAUCAUUGUCAAGGACUAUGUUCCCGAUGAUAUCGCCAUAUUUGCAGAGGCAUUGGCCAAUCCCAUCAAGUAUCAGAAUGAGUUGGAGAAACGUGACAAGCAGCUAGCAGUUUUGCAGGAGGACACGGAACCUAUUCUCAACGAAGAAGACGUAACAAACUCAUUCGUUUUCGUUCAAGUAGGUGGCCAGAAAAAGGAACUGCGGCCCGUUGAGUCCAGUACGAUUAGUCCUAAGCACAGAUCCAGCAUCUCGGCCUCGGCCGCCUUAAAUACGGAGGUGUCGACAUCUCGUGACACUGGAGAUUGUGUGGUGAACAACACUAUGCAAAGCAUACAACAUCAGCACUCCUUGGACUCUACUGCCCAGACCUCUACAUCCAUAAAACAAAUCGAAUCCUCGCAAUUCGAUGUGGAGUCCUUGACGGCUGAGCCAUUGGACAAGAUCUUGGAGCACAAAACGGUGCGGGAGAAACGCCUGGAAAUGGAAAAGAAAUUGGACACCUUGCGUAAGAAACACGAUAAGGAAAAGGUAAAGAUAACUGGUGCCAAGUCUAGUCCCCUGGAGAGCAGUAAGAAAACCAAGUUCGCCAGUAAAUUGGUAAAACGUAUUAGCAAUAAAAAUCUAUCUUGUUUGUCUUCUUCAAACAGUGAGUCCUCAGUAGAAGUGCCCCCCUGUGUAAGGGAUGUGGGUGAGAACAAUGGAGAAAACAGUGCUGAAGCCGUGUCAGCAACGGACGGUAGUGUCGAUGAAAGGAUGCUCUUGGCCUGUCGACAAUAUAUUCAGCAAUAUCAGGACAUACAAAAGAAAUAUCAUGAAAUAGUCUAUACCGCUGCCGAGAAGGUGCUGCAAAAUUCUCAAGAAUCUCAAAAUAAACAAUUGAAAAGCUCUCUGGAUAGAGUCAACAAUGAAAUUAUGCAUCAGCUGAAAGAGGCCCGAAAGAUUGAAGUGAAAAAUCUGGCUUUAGUACACAAAGACAAGGAUGAACUUGUGCGCAUGAAGCGAGAAGUCCGAAGCUCUGUGGUGGAACGUGGAGUUGCAGAACGCUCCCGUCUAAUGAAUGUAUACGAACAACGCACCGAAGAAUUGCGCAAGCAGCAUGAAUCCGUGCGCAAUAGUUUUGCAGAACACAAGACAAUGGCAUUGCAAAUAAUGGAGAAGGAAUUUGAAUCUCGAACUUGUGUAGCAACAAAUGGUUUCCUUACCCUCUUCCAAACUGCCAACACGUCAUCGUCCACAUCCAAUGAGUACAGUCUGCAGGUUGGCUCCCGUUUGUCGGGAAUUUCCCCAGCCCGUUCAAACACAAGUAUUUCCAAUAAUGCGACUACAGCCCCCGGCGUUACCACAUAAGCAAAACGAACCCAGUAAAGGACCAUCAUUUCGAAACUCUUGAAACAUUGAAUAUGUGGAUGAUCAAUCAAUUGUUGCUAAAGAAUCUCCCUACUAUGAGAGUUGAAACUUGGUAUAGCAAGCGGAUGCGUUUUCGUCCCUGUUCUAUGUUCACUCUUACACUGACAAUGACAUUUGAUUGAAACCCUGCAAGAAAUCAUACAGAAAAAAUUAGUUUGGAAUGUAGUGCCAGAUCUGUGCUAUUCAAUAACUUUCGUUUCACGAAAGCAUAUAAAACCCCUUUAGUUUGAAAACAAAGCAAAACAAAAACCCAGGUUUUACGUUUAGAACGAAUUUUAAGUUUGAGAUUUCCAAAAAAAAAAACAUAACCAAAAAAGUUUUACCUCUCCAAGCCUGGACCAUUGAUCGUUUUCAGUUUUUCCCUGUGCUCGACUUUGUACUUAUGAUGGGAUGGAAUGGAUGGAUCGAUGCAAAUAUUAUAAAGGCAAAGUUUAAAGUUCAUUUAAGUUAAACACCGUUAAAACCAUAAUUUUUAUAUUUAAAUUUAAAAGCAAAAAGGUUGACUAGUUGUUAUAGGUAUGUGUAUGUAUUAUGUUUGUGGUAACUCGUAGAAGUAGUCGUGAUUACAUAGGAAUAUUCAGAAUCUGAAGUGUGGAGUUGGUGGUAUUGAAAUUUCAUAGAAUCUAAAAUGUUUAUUUAGUUCAUCUGUCGUCGUUAUGCGACGAAGAUGGUCAUGGGGGCACACCAAUUUUGUUGAUGGUGGAAGGAAACAUGCAUUGCGAAUGCAAUAGUGGAAAUUGUAUGUAAAUGUGUUACCCCCCAUGGUAAGUAGUUUUAAAAAUUUAAGAAAAAAUAGCAUAAAUUAGGUACUACAUACAUACAUAUGUGCGUAUGUAUUUGAACAAUUGAUAGAGCUAGGAAUAGAUCAUUUAAUAGACUUAAGUGAAAGAAGAGAGUGCUAAGGCUCGCCCAUGCCUCAUGGGUUGGUCGGCAACACUGAAGUGCUAUAGCACUGUAAGGUAACUACGGAAUGCAAAAAGAAACACAUGUGGUUGUAAUUUCUAACUCGUAACGAAAUAUAAUUUAAGCUCAUCAACUUUUUUCUAGACUAAGAAGAUACACUACCGAAAAAUACAAAAAUAAAAAACAACUCACCUAGUCUUAUAUCCAAAACAAACAAACAAACAAACAAAACAAAAGGAAUUAAAAGAAUCUCAGAUGAUGCCUCCUUCUUCCUGCGUUCGAUAGAUUAGCAAAUGUUCAAAGACAUCAAAUAGUUUCAUUAUUCUUAAGUACCGCCAGAUAUUUAUCUCUCUGCUCUCAAGAGCCCCUUUGUGAUUGUUAUUGACGCCCGUGCAUGCGUUCGGUUCUCUGUUGAGAAUGUAUGACAAAAAAAAAAGCUUUAAUUUAGAAACUCAAAAGCCCAAGUUUGUGUGAUUUGUUCUUUGUUUUUCUCAAAUCACCAGCGAAGAAAGGGAGCUGCCGUUGAGCUAUGCCUCCUCGGUGCCAUAAUUCAAUCCUGUCGGAAAGUAACUCAACACAUAUAUACGUACAUUUAUUUACCUGAGCAUAGAGCGAAACGAGACAGUUCCUUCAUCUCACAUGGCUCCCUCCUGGCAUGGGACUGGGCAUAUAUCCGAGAGACCUCACUCACCAACACCCAUAUUAUUUACUUAAAAGGCAGCAUUAUCUCAUCUCUCAACUCCUUCUCUACUGCUACUACUACUACUACUACAUACACAAGUAUGUAAUUUACAAUACAUAGUGAGCAAGAAAAUACAAUCCAUUAUUAUAUACCAUAAAUAUUUACAUAAAGAUAUGUGUGUAUGUGUAUGUAUAGUCAGUUAAUAGUUGUAAUUUAAAAUGUUUUUCCACACCAUACAACAUACACCGUGCAUGCCCCAUGUGUUAGCUUUAAAGAAAGAAAGAAAAACAAAAACAAAAAAAAAGAGAUUCAAAACAAAACCUAUCAUAAAACAGUGUGUAUAUGAAUGAGAAAACCAUAAAAUAUUUGUGAUUAUGUUCUAUGUGUGUGUUAUUACUUGUUAAGAUUUAACUUAUUAAUUUGUCUGUUUUUUGCUUUUUUGUAACAAUUCAAAUGAAAAUAUAAUAAUAAAUGUUUUUAACACAA